GUUUAUUAAUACCAUUAUUGCACAUUCCCAUGUAACUCAAACAGUGCGCUGGGGUAUUGCAAAAUUGUGAACUAUCCGUUAGUUAUCUAACAGUAUCGUAUGUGUGGCUAAUCAGCUGGGUCGCUUCCAUUGACUUUAACCGAUUGAUCCACUGAUUGAGCUGAGGCGAUCGGGGCCGUGGCCGGGGUGGCCGGUUCGGCUCCCGAGGGGGACUUGCUCAGGGGUAUCGUCCCUUUGUCCCACACAUCCCUUUCGACUUCUACGUGUGUGAAAUGGCAUUCCCUCGAGUGAAGCCGGCCCCAGAUGAAACAGCCUUCAGUGAGUGUCUGUUGAAGAGGAACCAGGAUCUGACCCCAACUCCUACUGAACAGUCCUCCAUCCUGUCCCUGGUGACCAAGAUUAACAAUGUAAUAGACAACCUCAUCGUGGCCCCUGGAAACUUUGAAGUGCAAAUUGAGGAGGUUCGUCAAGUGGGCUCUUACAAGAAGGGUACCAUGACAACAGGACAUAAUGUAGCAGACCUGGUCGUCAUUCUGAAGAUAUUGCCUACACUCGAGGCAGUGGCAGCCCUGGGAAACAAAGUUGUGGAGACCCUUCGCGUACAGGACCCCGCAGAAGUGCUGUCCAUGCUGACAAACGAAACGGGAUUUGAGAUAAGCUCUGCAGACGCCACAGUGAAAAUCCUCAUCACAACCGUGCCCCCCAACCUGCGCAAGCUGGACCCUGAGUUACACUUGGACAUCAAGGUGCUGCAGAGUGCUCUGGCCGCUAUCCGCCACGCCCGCUGGUUUGAGGAGAACGCGUCUCAGUCCACGGUCAAAGUUCUGAUCCGCCUGCUGAAAGACCUGCGGGUCCGGUUCCCCGGAUUCGAGCCCCUGACGCCCUGGAUCCUGGACUUACUGGGUCACUCUGCAGUCAUGAACAACCCCUCCAGACAGCCCCUCUCUCUGAAUGUGGCCUACAGACGGUGCCUGCAGAUGUUGGCGGCAGGGCUCUUCCUGCCUGGCUCCGUGGGCAUCACCGACCCCUGCGAGAGCGGAAACUUCCGGGUGCACACGGUCAUGACGCUGGAGCAGCAGGACAUGGUGUGCUUCACUGCUCAGACACUCGUGAGGAUACUCUCUCAUGGGGGUUACCGGAAGAUCCUGGGCCUGGAAGGGGAUGCCAGCUACCUGGCCUCAGAGAUGUCCACCUGGGAUGGGGUGAUCGUGACGCCGUCAGAGAAGGCGUAUGAGAAGCCGCCGGAGAAGAAGGAAGGCGAGGACGAGGCGCUAGAAGAUGGAGGGGAGGGGGAGGAGGAGAGCAUGGAGACCCAGGAGUGACCGCUGGGAUGGUCACACACACCGCCAGUCGGGGAGGUAUCUACACUCUACACCCGUUCCUGUCUUGGUUGACACGACACCUCAAGAAGAGAGUCCGAGGAUUUUUUUUGUUUGGUUUUUUAAAUUUAUUUUUUAUUUUUUAUUGUUGCAUUUUUGUACACCCCUCUCCUACACAGACUAACAUUUGUGAAGGCAGAUUGUGUUUACCUGGACCAAAGGACAGGCAGAAUCGCCUACACACCUGGUUUUGACUCAUUAAAUAUGAAUGUUUUCUUAUGUCUGUAGGAAACUAUAAAAAAUAAACUCCUUUGGGUUUUUAAA